CCGCAGCGGGGCGAGACGGUGGCCGACGAGUGAGACGAGGCGCGCGGUCUGCGGUGGGGGCUCACCAGGAGCGAGGGGAGGAGAGGGGAGGCGAGGGGAAGGAGGCGGCGUCCUCCCGCGCCCGUCCGCAUCCGUCCGGCCCGCCACGCCCCCGCGCCGCGGUGCCUCGCCGGCCUCAUCUUUCUCGCCCGGACCAGGCCAUGGAGCGCGAAGUCCAGCGGGUCCGCCAGGCGUUCCGGUCCGGCCGGUCGCGACCUCUGCGGUUCCGGCUGCAGCAGCUCGAGGCCCUGCGGAGAAUGGUGCAGGAACGCGAGAAGGACAUCCUGGCGGCCAUCGCCGCCGACCUGUGCAAGAGUGAAUUCAAUGCGUACAGUCAGGAAGUCAUUACUGUCCUGGGGGAAAUUGAUCUUAUGCUGGAGAAUCUUCCUGAAUGGGUUACUGCUAAACCAGUUAAGAAGAAUCUGUUCACCAUGCUGGAUGAGGCUUAUAUUCAGCCAGAGCCUCUUGGAGUCGUACUGAUUAUUGGAGCUUGGAACUACCCCUUUGUUCUAACCAUUCAGCCGCUGGUAGGAGCCAUCGCUGCAGGAAAUGCUGUGAUUGUCAAGCCUUCUGAACUAAGUGAAAAUACAGCCCAGACCUUGGCUAAGCUCCUUCCUCAGUAUUUAGACCAGGCCAUGUAUGUUGUUAUUAAUGGUGGGGUUGAGGAAACCACGGAGCUUCUAAAGCAGCGAUUUGACCACAUUUUCUAUACGGGAAGCACUGCAGUAGGAAAAAUCGUCAUGGAAGCUGCUGCCAAGCAUCUGACCCCUGUGACUCUUGAACUGGGAGGGAAAAGUCCUUGCUACAUUGAUAAAGAUUGUGAUCUCGACAUUGUUUGCAGACGCAUAACCUGGGGGAAGUAUAUGAAUUGUGGUCAAACCUGCAUUGCUCCUGACUACAUUCUCUGUGAAGCAUCCCUGCAGGACCAAAUCGUGCAGAAGAUUAAGGAAACCUUGAAGGAAUUUUAUGGGGAAAACAUAAAAGAGUCUCCUGAUUAUGAAAGGAUCAUCAAUCUUCGUCAUUUUAAGAGGAUACUAAGUUUGCUUGAAGGACAAAAGAUAGCUUUCGGUGGGGAGAUGGAUGAGGCCACACGCUACAUAGCCCCAACAGUACUUACUGAUGUUGACCCUGAAACCAAGGUAAUGCAAGAAGAAAUUUUUGGACCAAUUCUUCCAAUAGUGCCGGUGAAAAAUGCAGAUGAAGCCAUAAAUUUCAUAAACGAACGUGAAAAGCCCUUGGCCCUCUAUGUAUUUUCUCAUAACAAUAAGCUCAUCAGAUGGAUGAUUGAUGCGACAUCCAGUGGUGGUGUCACAGGCAAUGACGUCAUCAUGCACUUCAUGCUCAGUUCUUUGCCCUUUGGAGGAGUGGGUUCCAGUGGGAUGGGAACCUAUCACGGAAAACAUAGUUUCGAUACUUUUUCUCAUCAACGUCCCUGUUUAUUAAAGAGUUUAAAGAGAGAAGGUGCUAACAAACUCAGAUAUCCUCCCAACAGCCAGUCAAAAGUGGAUUGGGGGAAGUUUUUACUCUUGAAACGGUUCAACAAAGGAAAACUAGGUCUCCUGUUGCUCACUUUCCUGGGAAUUGUGGCAGCUGUGCUUGUCAAGAAGUACCAAGCUGUGCUGAGGAGAAAGGCCCUGUUGAUUUUUCUGGUAGUUCGCAGUCUGCGUUGGUCCAGUAAACAGUGCUGAACAGCAGAUUUCAAAACCCAGCUCUGUCUUUCAAGAGCGAGGCUAGAUACUACUGAAGAAUGAUCCUGUUCAACCUCUUGGUUGUCUCCACUGAAUUAUUCCCCUGUUAAAUGGUUAAAGAACUAAUAAUUUUUUAAAUUCUAUCAAAAACAGUAAGAAAAUAUGUGAAUGAACUAUGAUCAAACCUAAAAAUCAUUGCCACUGCCGUUAAUAAAACUUGCCAUUUCAACCAAAUCCCAACAUUCCCCAGUGGUAAGGAUGUUCAGAGAACCCGUUCUAGAUUGUGCUUACCCAAGUCUUAGAGCUUUGGGCUAGAGGAGGAAAAUGUGUUAGGCUAAAUCCAAACUCCUUGGGCAUGUAAAGGAGCCUCAGAACCUGCUUUGUGACUUCUUCACUCCAGUUCAUGGGACUCCCCACUACUGUCCCUGUUGCUGCCAUCAUUCUGUGAAGCUUUCAAGAGCUCAACACUGCCCAGGGCUACUACCAGUCCUCUCUAGUCCAGAGGUGAAGUUAGAUCUUCCCAACUCUCUUUGAGGUUUGGGGCACGAAAACUGUGUGCGUGGUGGAGGGCAGGGGCGGGGGAGUUGCUCCUUAUCUAUUGAGACCUGAGGGCUUGACUUCCAGGAGUCAGCCCUCUAGUUAGAUGUGCCAUCUGACCAGUGGUCUUCAUCCUUUCUCAUCCAUUCUCCAUCCUGUUAUGUUUGGUUUGUGACAGUCUGUUGUGGCUGUCCACAAAUGCUUUUUGUGACUGAUACCACUCAAAGCAUCUCACAAAUCCUAGAGCUUCCCAGAAGAUAGUUGCCAAUUUCAUGCAAGUAUCUGUCAUUCUUAUGGUGUUGGAGUUACGGAAUUCUACGUCUUAUAAAAACCUGUCAUUUUUUAAAUGCUGUAAUUAAAGUACUUAUAAAAAUACUUAUCCUUCCUCAGGAUCCUAAAGUUGCAAGUUAGAUCUUCAGGGAAAAAUCUUUACAUUUCUUAUUUCUGUAGCACAAUGCAAGUAAAUUGCACUUUUUUAAAGUUCAGAGAAAUCCCUGAGUAAAUUCAGCCUGUAGAACUUAAAUAAGUGGGGGAACCAUUUCCUCCCACGGAAAAGGCCUUGGAUAUUAGGACUUUGGGGCUUGAGAAGCUCAUGGAGCAGAGGCAUGUGGAUCGCUUGGAGAAUAACGUUGUAAGUCACCGCAGUCGAAUGGAGGCUGCAGGGGAUGGAGGAUGGUAAGAGGAUCUCAGCAAGUGAGAAGUUAUUCUUACCAGAGCUGUAUGUGGCAGGACUUGAAGGUCUGUGAGCCCAGUGGGAAAGUGCUAAAGAAGAGGAGCCUGUGCGGAUUGUGGCACUACCUGCCGGGCCGUCCUGUGCUUACCUUGAGCUCUUGGUGGCAGGGGCUCCCCUUCCUCAGAUUUGGAGAGAGGCUCAGCCCAGUCAAUGAGAGCAUGCACUUCACUUGAUAGAAUGUGUAAUCAAUUUUGUUUAAUGAUUUGUUCCAUUAAGGCUGUUCAUUAUUAUGUCUUUAUCAUGGGAUGAGGUUAUCAAGAAUUAAUCACUAGCUUAGUUUAGGAAAAAGUUGCCUAAACUGUUGCUCUAAGUAUGAGAGUAAUUAGUAAUAUUUCAAUCAAUAAAAUGUUAGACAAAAUUUCAAUAUGGGAUUUUUAUUUAGUAUAUUAAAUUUUACAUUAAAAUUUCUAGUUAAACUAAAUUAUUGCUUCAUCUGCUAAUAUAUUCUCCAAAAUGAAUAUAUUAUAUUUUAUAAAAUUGGCACAAAUUUUAAUAAUAUUCCUACUGUAGAACCUCAUAUAUGCCCUGCUGGAGACAGUCCUUUGAUCAUAAAUUUUCUCCAACUAUAAAUCUGUUUUUGCUUUUAUCUAUUAAAGGUGGUAGUUGUCAA